AUGAAUUAAGCUGAAAACUUAGUCGAAAGAGUUAAAAUUGUUAAUUAAGCUAAUGAAUUUGUAGAGUAUGUUACCAGGAAGGUUAUGAGAGAAAAAGCUCUUUGCCACUAAGCAACAUAUAUCAUACUAGUUAAUAGCAAAGGAUAAAUUUGUACCCAUUUAAGACAUAAAGAUAAAUUAUGGUGUGGAGGAUAUUGGACUACAUGUUUUGGAGGAUGUGUUUCUGAAGGUGAAGAUUAUGAUACCAACGCAUAAAAAGAGCUCUCUGAAGAAGCAGGAAUUGACCACAAUAACUAAUUGCAUGGCUUAGAUACAUUUUUGUAUUCAACUGAUGUACAGAAGGUUUGGGGGAAGGUAUUUUUGAUGUUUUAUGAAGGCGAAGUAAAAUUUUAAAAAGAAGAAAUUUAAGAAAUAAAAUGGAGAUAUGUUAAUGAAGUAGUAUAGAGUAAGGAAUAAUACACUCCAGAUGGUAAUAUAGCUUUAGAUGUAUUACUAAAUUAUGCUAAAGAAAAUUAAAAUUAGCACGAGGAAUUGAAAUAAUUGUUGAAAAAUGCUUGA